AGUUUAUCAUUUCUUGGUGGAAAUCUAGGUGGGAAUCUUCCCGAGGUCACCUGCAUGUUCCAUCACUGAAGUCCCGUGACCUCGACCCCUGCCCAGGGCAUCUCCAGAUUCAUGUUCUUGGUUGUUCCUUGGAACGCUACGCUUGGUUGAUACAAAGCUGUCAUUGUACUCUAUAUCUUCUCACAGCCCUCAGGUUCACAACAACCUCAUUCAAGAUGUCUUUCGAAUCCGUUUCCGAGCGUCUCACAGCUCUACAAAACACAAAUGCGCAAUUGAAAGAACUCAUCGAGCGACUCGCCACCCUGAAGUUUCAGCCCGGAUCCGUACCUUUGGACAAUGACGAUGAUAAUGUGAUGGCCGAGUUGACUGCCGAUAUCCACCAGACUCUGAAGGAACAAGAAGAGGAUUUUGAAGUUUUGCAGGAGGAUGUAUUGGACUUGAAUCCUGGCAGAGCGGGGAGCGAGCUGGAACUGCAGAAAGAGGGCUUAGAUAGUGCCGUGAAGAGAGCAAUCAAGGAAUUGAAAACGUAGGUGUUCUUUUAUACAAUAACAGUCGAGGGCGAGGGAAAUAGAAUCAUGCUGAUGACCUUACAGGUGUCAAUCUGCAUUUCGAAGGGCGUUGUUGACUGCCAGGCGCACAUUACAGCAAGCCCAGCGUGAAGAAAGACGACUCCUUCUACUUUCUUAUACCACAGAAGCCUCUCCCUCAGAUUCAGCACCAACACAAGGUCAGAGAAGAGCCAACAAAACACCAGAUCCCUUGAGUCAGGAUAAAGAGGUUGCUGCCAGCAGUGAUGUCACAGCUGCCCUACGAAGAACCCACGAUAUGAUGGCAUCCGAACUCUCUCGCUCUCAAUUCGCCCACGAUACACUGAAAGAAUCCACCGCUGCAUUGGCACAACUUGGGGAAUCAUAUUCAACCUUGGACACCUUACUCUCGAGCUCCAAAAAUCUUCUAGGUACACUCUUGCGCAGCCAAAAGAGCGAUACCUGGUAUUUGGAAACGGCAUUUUAUGUCCUAGUAGCUACGAUCGGCUGGCUACUUUGGAGAAGACUUCUUUACGGACCAACAUGGUGGCUUGUUUGGUUUCCUAUGAAGAUCUUUUUCCGCAGUUUAACUGGCGUUUUGACAGGAGUUGGGUUAAUUGGAGGAUCUGCGAGCGUCUCCAGUCUCACGACUGCUACAUCGAGUACAAUUGCUACCACCGUAACGACUAGUCCCACCACUACAUGGGGAAAGCUCUCAGCGCCUCUUGGGGCAACUGGACCGCCAAUGGUGCAUGUUGGCGGGGGAGGAAGAGGAGCGCCAAUGCACCGUCCUAGCAGUCCCCCAAAUCCGAACAGAGUGUAUUCUGAGCAGGUGGAGAAGGUGAUUGAUGAUAGUAAAAAGGAAACGGAAGCGAAAGAGGGACAGGGAGAGGAAGGAGAUGCGGGACCAAGUACUGAAGAGGAGCCACGGAAUCCAAAGAAGAGAAUGUGGGAGGAAGAGGUUCCUCCACCUCAAGAACCAGAGCCGGAACCAGCACCGGAACCGAGUGCUGAAGAAGAGCCAAGGAAUCCAAAGAAAAGAAUGUGGGAGGAGGACAAGGAGACUGAGAAAGAGGCGACGAGAAAUAAAGAUGAAUUGUAGUUGCUAAACCAAAUAUCAUACUUCUACAAAUAACAUACUUAC